AUGGCGCGCAAAACCAAAGCCGAGAAGGCGGCCGAGAGGGCGGCCAAGAAAGCGCAAGAAGAAGCCGCGCAACGAGAGAUCCAAGAGCAGCAAACCCAAGAACGGCAAGCCCGCGAAGCCCACGAACAGCUUCACGCCCAAGAACAAGAACUCCGAGAACAACACCUCCGAGAACAACACCUCCUAGAACAAGAACAACAACACCAAGACUCCUCCGAGCAUACCGACUCUUCCCGAGAAGCCUCGCCCGAUUUCGACCAGGCAACGCUCGAUGAGGAGCGGGACCAAGUCAACUACCUCCUAGAGAUGAACAACUCCGAGUUCCUAGAGAAGCUCCCGAGCAACGUCACCUCGUUCAGCCGAGCAGGUGCCAUCCAGCUGUACUCCAAGCUACGCCAUGCGGUCCAAGACCUUCAAGAUCCAAGCGAUGACGCCUGGUACGAGGGUUGGGAGCAAGGCGAGGCAGAAACUUGGGACCUAGCCUUCGCAGCUGGCUUCCACCGAGCUAUGGUCUUAACCACCAAGAGUUCCAAGGAGCGUUCCAAGGUGACCCAAGAACUCAAGGAACGAGCGGAAGGCCUCAGCAAGUUGCUGAAGGGCUACAAGGGAGCCUCCGAGAUGCCCGAGCCCUUCACGAAUUGCAAUUCGAGGACGCAUGACUACUGCCUAGUAAAACCUUCCGAAAUGGUGCCCAAUCACAUUGCGCACGACUAUUUCAACCAUUUUUGGAAGAUGAUUGAGGAGUGA